AUCUGUUUUAAACCGCUGACAUCUUCGGGGGAGGGAGGUCGCAUAUUUCCGAGCUGCUGUCAAUAGGCAGGGUUUUCCAGCGCGGAGCAUUGCCAAGAUCUGUGUGGGGCAGCCCACGUCGCUUCAAUUGGAGCGAACCGCCAUGACAUCAGUGCACUGAAGCGUCGCUGCAGCCCCGCCCACGGGUAUCUGUAGGAGGCUCCGCGCAGAUUGCACUCCCAACACAAGGUCUUGUCUACGCGCUGCCGCCUUUUACUUGAAAGUUCUCCUCGGAAUGUAAAUACAUCACAAAGUGAUCUAGAGGACCAGCUCUGCAAGUCAGAUACUCAGACCCAAGAGGAUGACAUGCUGGACUUUUAAACUCUUGCUUUUCAUUGAUAUGCUGAUGUAGCACAGUCACAAUGCAGAGAGUGUACUAACUUACUGUAUUAAUAAGUUUGCAGUAAUUCUCGCAAACUCAUUCUUUAAAAAUAUUGCAGUAGACACAGAGAACCGAUGGAGAUGUCAACACAAACUUCCUGCUAACUUGAAGGACAGCGAGGAAUAAAGUUUUUAAAAGGGCUGACUUCUUUUGGCAUUUGAUCCCUGGAGCUGCUACCCAGGUAUAGAGCCAUUUGCCAAGCAAGCUACAGUGACUGACACAGGGAAGAGAGAGUCGAGAGUCUCUGAUUAACUGACCCUCUGGUGAGAUGCUACACUUCACAGGGGCGCUAAGUGCACUUAAACAGAAGAGGCAAGACAGCUAAUAGACCAAGGACGUCAGGAUUGGCAGCGUCAAGCUGGAGAUACUCGUCUGCAGAACCACCAUGAAGAAGUUGGUGCUUGUCAUCUUACUGAUCCUGGUUGAGCUUGCAUUUGGCAUUGACAAAGUGGAGGAGCUUGAAUCCAGCAAGGAUAGCUAUGAGCGGCUCUUCCACACGAGCAGACACAAGCGUGCCACUGUCUCCAUGGAGAACAAGUGCUCGUACACCUUCAUCGUGCCGCAGCAGAAGGUCACGGGGGCCAUAUGUGUGAACUCGAAGCCCGAGCCCAUGGUGGAGAGUCGGGUCAAUAAGCAAGAGCUGGAGGUGAUCAACAAUGAACUCCUGAAGCAGAAAAGGCAGAUCGAGAACCUGCAGCAGCUGGUGGAGGUGGACGGAGGGGUGGUUAAUGAGGUGAAGCUCCUGCGGAAGGAGAGUAGAAACAUGAACUCUAGAGUCACCCAGCUGUACAUGCAGCUGCUCCACGAGAUCAUUCGCAAGCGGGAUAACGCCCUCGAGGUGUCUCAGCUCGAAAACAAGAUUCUCAACCAGACGGCGGAAAUGAUGUUGCUUUCUAACCGCUACAGGGACCUGGAGCAUAAGUACCAACACCUGGCCUCGCUGGCGAAUAACCAGACACACCUCAUCGCACAGCUGGAGGCCAGGUGCCAGCUGCUGCCCGCCGCCAGGCCGGUGCAGCCUCCGCCCCAGAAACGCAAACCCAAUCUCAUCACAACCAACGAAAUCCAGCGGGAUCAGAACCCCCAGGACAGGCGACAACUGGCACUGAACCUGCUGCCCACCAUGCCACCCCUUCCUUCCCACAUGCCCACCACAAAUGAGCCAUCUGGACCGUGGAAGGAUUGUAUGGAUGCAGCAGAGGCUGGCAGCAAAACCAGUGGAAUAUACUUGCUGAAACCCGAGAACAAAAACCGCCUCAUGCAGGUCUGGUGUGACCAAACCCAUGACCCUGGCGGCUGGACCGUCAUUCAAAGGCGCCUGGAUGGCUCGGUCAACUUCUUCCGCAACUGGGAGACCUACAAGCAAGGGUUUGGAAACAUCGAUGGCGAGUAUUGGCUGGGUCUGGAAAACAUCUACUGGCUAACAAACCAAGGAAAUUACAAGCUGCUUAUCACCAUGGAGGACUGGCAAGGCCGCAAGGUAUUUGCAGAAUACGCCAGCUUCAGGCUGGAGCCAGAGUCUGACAACUACAAGCUUCGGGUAGGCCGUUACCAUGGCAAUGCUGGAGAUUCCUUCACCUGGCACAACGGAAAACAGUUCACUACACUGGACCGGGACCGCGAUGCCUACACAGGGAACUGUGCGCACUACCAGAAAGGUGGCUGGUGGUACAAUGCCUGUGCCCAUUCAAAUCUGAAUGGCGUCUGGUACCGUGGAGGACAUUAUCGCAGCAAGUACCAGGACGGCGUGUACUGGGCAGAAUUCAGGGGAGGUGCCUAUUCCCUCAAGACAGUGAUCAUGAUGAUUCGACCCAACCCCAAUACUUUCCAUUGAAACAAACUAGGGUUGGGUCCUCGAGCAUCAGGAAGCAGAACUGACUAGUGUCCUGUAUACGAAAUCAGCCUUACAACAAUUUAUAUACCAAGCUGUGCUUAUUCUUCAAGACAAAAAGAAUACUGUCUAUGUAUUUAUUUCCUACAACAUAAGAAGUUAUGUCAUGUAAGCAAACUUUUUUUUUCUACUUGCAUAACAGCAAUUGCUGGUAAAAAUGCUGAAUUCAGAUAUGUGCUUAAAAAUCGUCUUUAAAAAAAAAGGUACUAAAAAUAAAUUACUUGUGUUUGGGAGGUUAUUUUUGCUAACACCAGAAUGAAAUACUUGUUUGGAACAGCAGUUGGCAAAUUUGUGAUUGGCGUGCAAGAAAUACACGAGGUGCCAGUACUGAUCGAGUGCAGGAGAACGCCUGUUACAAUGGGAGAAUCAUUUCAUGGGAAUGAAAGCUCAUAUUGACUGAAAGCCACCUUCCGUCAAAGUAAACUCAAGCCCUUGAUCUUGUAGAAUUGAGGGGUCUAAAUCAUGAUGUAAAUUUUGACGCAGGAAUGGAGCUGUGAUGGUUCUAUGGGUACAUUAAUUCCUGUAGGCAUUACCUCUGAGAAUUUCCACAGUUAACAUUUCUCCUUAGACUGCAACAUGACAGUGUGCUUCUAAAUUUGUUACGGAUAUAACUGUUCAUAAAAAAAACACUCAAGUCCGCCAAAGCCAAUUUAUCCCCAGAUUUGCUCCAUAAUGAGAUUUAGAUUCAGAUUUAUUUAUCACGUGUAUAUCAAAACAUACAGUGAAACGUGUCGUUUUCAUUAACAACCGACACACCUAAGGAUGUGCCCACAAGUGUUGCCUCACAUUCUGACACUAACCCAGCACACCCACAAUACUCGGCAGAACAACACACAACACAACAAGCCCCAGCUGAUCUUUGCUUCUAACAGCCACUCUCAGGCAUAAACCUCCAGUGUUAAUAUGAAUGAAGAAAUUAUUAAGUUGAGAAAUGAAUCAUAGAUGCUGAUCUUUAGAACUCAAUAUAUCAAUCUUGCUACAUAUAUUUGGAAAUUCAUUUUUUACCAUGUAAAUAAUUCCCAAUUGGUAAGCCUGGAAGGUUUGCCCCAGGAACAUUACAGGGUACUGUUAACAUCCUUUUAACAAACUAUUUCAGAUUACACCACAGGACAAUGAUGUCACGGUCUUCACGUAGAGAAAAGGAUUACCAUUGUAAGAAAUGCACUUGAAUCCUGAUAUUCCACACGAGAUAUCAGCAAACAAAUAUAUAAUGAGCCAGAUGUCCCUGUGUUAUAAAUGUACUGAAAUUAACCCCUUUAUUUUAAAGUGUGCAGGCCGUCCCUUUAAAACAGGGGUUUCCAACCUUUUUUACGCCAUGGACCCCUACCAUUAAUCGAGGGGUCUAUGGACCCCAGGUUGGGAAUGCCUGCUCCAAAAUAAAGGGACAAGCAUACUUCAAGUAAACACAUUAGUCAUCAUGAAGGAAUAUUCCACCUCAAACUAUCUGAACUUUUCUUUCAUUUUCAGAAAUAUUGUUAAUAUUGCAGCUUAGAAUCUCACUGAGAAGGGGAAUUUUUUUGUGUGUUUGUGAAUGUUUGUACACUAAUUUUCCAACUUAAGUCCAUUUACGUCGAUGAAUCUUACAUAGGUAAUAAAAGUUACAAACCCAGAGAGGUGUUUCAGUUGGUACAGAGUUAGUUAAAGCAACACACACCAAAAAUAAUAAUUUAUACAAAUGCUUACAGUACGUAAUAAAAUGUCUCGUGUGUUCUGUUGUGUACAGCUCCUGUGUGUUAGUAACUGUAACAGUUGUAAAAUUCAGUUCGUGAAUCCAACUUUGAGCCUUCAUUGUCAAGUUUGGAGAAGCAGGUGUUAUUUGUAACAGUGUUUUGACAGUUCCAGUAUAACCAUUAACAUCUGCAAUAAACUGACUUCAACCACCA